UCUUUCCAGAAAAAGCGUGUCAGCGGGACAGACGACCGCCUCAUCAUCCCGGGCGCCCUCGCGAGGCGCGCACGGCCAUUCGACCGCCGCCAGUGUCGGUCCAGCCGUCAGCCAUGCGCCACAGCCAUCACCAGCAGCAGCCUCCGAGGCGGCUGCGGACCCUGUUGAUGCUCAGGCACGGAACCCGGGCUGUGACCCUGCUACUCCUCAUCGGUCCCCUCCUGUGGUUACCGAAUGGCGCAGAAGCACAGCUCAUCAAGCUUCCGAGGCUCUCCGGUCGGCUGCGGCUACCCUUCUUCCGCAAGGACCCGACGAAGCCGCUUCAGAAUGGCCAGAACAUGGAGACGGACCUGACCAACUUUCUCCAGAACGGCGCGCAACCGGGCAUGCCAACGUUGCACAAGCUCCUCUUGAAGCAGUACGCCACGCCGCCGAUGGCCGGCGGCGGCAGCGCGCCCCAGGCGAGCCACAUGUACCCGUCCUCCAUGGCACCUUUCGGCAUGCCCAGGCUGCCGGCACCCACUUCGGUGAGGCCCAUGGGUCACCCGCCGCCCCCACAACUGCCCAUGUAUCCGAUGCCCCAUCACAUGACCGGCUUCCAUCCAAUGAGACCGCCGUACUACCCACGGCCGGGUGGCAUGAUGCCCGGCAUGCCGCUGCCGUCGUCACCGUACGCCGUACUCCCACCUCCUCCGGGCCCGCGGCCACCUCCGCCGCCACCGCCUCCCAAAGUCAACAAGAGGCCCGGGCCAGGGCCCAAUGUUCUGUUCGCGGACAAGGAUCCGCAGGGUAGCGACGGAAAUUACGAGUCCGGCGAGAUCGAAGACGAGACGCCCAUCAUCAUACGCGGCCGCAAGCACCACGGUAAGCGGCGGCGUCCCAUCGUUAUCGAGGAGGACGUGUCCAGCGAGGAAGACGACUCGUCGAGGCCCAUAAUGGUGCGCGGCCGCAAGCCGUACCGCUUCCGCGGCCGGCGGCCGCCGCUUGGCGACGACAACGACGAGACGGACGAACCGGCGUACCCGAGUCGUAAGAGACCCGUAACUUACAUCGAGGAUAUGUCCGACUCGAGGCCUUACGGCAUGCGGGGCGGCGGUGGUGGGGGCGGCGGCGGCGGCGGUUUCGAAGACGAGGUGCCCAAGCCUUCCGGUAGCUUCAUGCACGACAUCAACACGGGAUCCAGAAACAUCCUGCGGUACAGCACCAACGCGGGACGCUUCUUUCACCCGGCGGACAGCAGCCGCUUCGACACCUUAAUGACUUCGGAACAGAGGAACAAUCCGAGGGCCACGAGUUCGCCGGGGUUUUACACGGGUUCGCCCGGCGGCGUGAUACACGACUUCAGUAGCAUGAUGUCGCACCAAAGGCACCACGACUUCUCUGGGCUCUUCGACGAGCCCAAGAUGGUCCUCUCGCCGCAUAUCGACGCCGUCACGCCGCUCAGGGACCGACACGAGGCCUCCAGCUUCUUCCCGAAUAAGCUCGAGUCUCCGCCGCAGCACUCUCCAAGCAAGGAGUUCCAGCCCAUAGUCUUCCACCUGCCCAACAAGGCGCCUCAUAAUCGCGAAAAGUACGUGCAAGCGCUCAUCGUUCCCAUCCAAGCGAACAUCGAUCAAGUAGCUGAAGAGACGCUCGACAAGGCAACCAGCAAUCGCGUCCUUAUAAGUCCCAGGGGACAGUCGUACGUGUUACUGCCACCGAGAACUGAAGGCCUACAGGACAAGCAGCAAAAGGAGACGGGUCCUCUUACCGAUUCUUUCGAACAGGAAGGGCCCGGCAGACAUGGCGGACCUGUCGCUGCUCAGUCCUUCACGCCAAUUACGUACAUGAGGCCGCCCAGUGGCUUGGACUCCCCAGACAACAGGAUUCAGCCCACCUACCACCCCGUCGACACGUCGCAAAGCUACGCGCAGCCAACGGCUAUUCGCAUUCUCGUCAGGAAUCCCAUGGACGGCACGAGCAAGGAAGUCUUCUCGAGCACUAUAAAUACCGGAGGUCCGUACCAGCAAGUCGGAGGCGAGCCACAGUACAACCCCGGCACGUUCAACUACGGUCCCGGCAAUGACCAAAACAAGAGCAAGCUGGUCAUCAUCGCUCUUCCCAGGAGCCAGCAGAGCAGAGGCUCUCCGAAUUCGCGUUCCAGCCCGGCAACGAACACUUACUACCAACCGACGGCGCUUAACAAGCGGCUGCCAGCUACUUCGGCCGAGACGUCGACACCAGUACCCAUUGUGUACAACGAUCAGCGACCGACCUCCCAGUACCUCGCGCCGAAAGUGCCCUACGAAGUUGUCGCUUCGCAAAGUUCCGCGUCGUUCGGCUCGCCGAAUAGCAAGCCGAAUGUCGGAAACUUGGGCAAGGCGGGUUACAGCUCGACGUCACCUUUCUACGAAUCGGACAGAUCACGGCAGCAGUCGCGCUACAAACCGAAACAGUCCGCGUCGUCUUCGAACCACGCCAGGAGAACGCCGUCCACCUACACUUACUACCGGCAACAGAUAACACCGGCGCCGUCCUCGUCUUCGCUCCCCGGCGCUGCGGCACAGAGACGCGCGACUCACGUCUCCCAGUACGCCAGGCGGAAGUAUUCUUCCACAUCGGACGGGUUGCUGGGCGAGCUGCCGUACGACUCCAGCUACCCUACAUCCUUGGUAGGCAACUCGGCGCAGGAGUACCCGGCUCUGACGAAGAUCCCCGAGACGUCUUUCAGUUGUCACAACAAGGUGCCUGGCUACUACGCCAGCACAGAGCACAGGUGUCAGGUGUACCACCACUGCACGGCCGCCGGUUCCCUGCAGACAUUCCUGUGUCCCAACGGCACCGCCUUCAGUCAGCAGUCGCUCGUGUGCGAAUGGUGGCACGACGUGUCCUGCCCGCCGCCACGCGCCAAGACACCGCAGCCUGUCAAGGACUCCUCCUUGCAGAGCCUGACCGACGACGUCGGCUACCCCGUCUACCGGUGGCCCACACGAACGCAGCAGCCGCAGCAGCGGCCGAUAUCGCCUCCCGCGAGCGCGGCGCACCAGCCGCCCACCACGACCCGAGCUCCUCAACCGCCCAGCUACAGCAGUUCCGUGAGCUUCAGCAUCGCCGCUGGCACCAAGGCCCACACGCGGCCGCCUUUCACUGGCAGCGGCGGAGGAGAGUCUACGGAGUACGCGUUAGGCCUCGGUAGGGGUAAGCUACAGAACACCACCGUGACCUUCCAAGCCGGAGGCCAGAAAGUCGUGCGGGCGCGAAAGCUGGUGACGAAGAUUCGAGGGUCCACGGUAGCCGGCGGACAGACGCGACAACGGAGCAAAGAAUCGUCCACGACGCAGUCGCCAGACGCCAAAUCUAGCGCGGAGUGAGCGCCUAUCGAACAGCGACGUCCCCCGAAAGGGAAUCAAGGCGGAGGAAAGACGCGACCAUUGCAAAAACAGCCCCAGAAUACCACACGGCAACGGGACGCAGCAACUAGACCUCCAGCAUGCCAACUCAUCAAGAGUCCCGCGCAUAUACUGUGGUUGGCGUAAUGGCACGCGCCGUGUAUGGACGCCAAUGUGCUGGGCAAUGCGAACCGAUUCUAUACAGAUGGGUUGAGCAAUA